AAGCUUUUCCUUUAGCAUCUUCUUGCCGUGAUGGAGGUGCAAUUCCUUUUCUCUUUCCAGCAUAUGUCUUGUGCUUUUCUCUACCAUCAAGCAAAGAAGGCCAAACUCCAAAGCAGUCCUUGCAUUACAAAACAAAAACAUAGCCCUGUCACACACACAGUUGCAUUCUAACAACCACCUUCUGACCAAGCAUUCAGAUUCUGAGAGCUGGGAGAAGGUGCAAUGGUUGAGCCUGCUAUUUCUGCCACUGUUGGCAGAAUCAGCGAGCUCGCUGUUCAGGAGACAACAUUCUUGUGCGGAGUUACUUCAGAAGCGGGAUUCUUGAAAGAUGAGCUGAAGCGGCUGCAGUGCUUCCUCCAAGAUGCUGGCACCAAGAGGAAAUCAGGGAGUGCAACUGCUAAACUUUGGGUUAGCCAAAUCAGGGACGCUACAUAUGAAGCUGAGAAUGUCCUAGAGGUGGUUGACUACAUGGAGAAGAGAAACAGGCUCAAGAAGGGCUUCAUGGGCGCCAUUUCAAGGUAUGCUCGCCUCCCAAGUGACUUGGUUACCCUUCAUAAAGUUGGUAAUGAAAUUCAACGUAUCAGAAGGAAGGUUAAUGAGAUAUAUGAAAGUGCAAACCGUUUGAAUCUUAUUGGUAGUGCUGCUGCAGAGGAGAGUCUUGUUGAGGAUGACUCUUUGCAACAUAGCGGUCUUGUCUAUCCAAAUUCUGAAGAUGUUACUGUUGUUGGUUUUGAGGAUGAGCAAAAUGAGAUAGAAACAAAAUUACUUGCUUCAGAUAACAACCUUAGUGUGGUCUCAAUAGUUGCCAUGGGUGGAGCAGGGAAAACUACACUAGCUCGAAAAAUCUACAAUUCAAAUAAAAUCAAGGAACACUUUCACACAAUUGCAUGGGUGACUGUAUCCCAAAAGUUUAAGGGUGCUGAUUUAUUGAAAGAUAUUAUGAAACAAAUAUUUGGGGGUAAAUAUGAGGGCAGAGAAAUUGAUCAGAUGCAAGAGUAUGAAGUGGGAAAGAAGAUCCAUGAUUUUCUACUAGAUAAAAGAUACUUAGUUGUGCUUGAUGAUGUGUGGACAACAGAUACAUGGAAUCAGAUAAACAGAACCAUCAAAGUAUUUCCAGAUGUAGAUAAUGGCAGUAGAGUAAUGUUAACCACCCGAAAGAUUGAUGUUGCAAAUCACAUUGAAAUACCAAGAAAAGUUCACAACCUGAAACUCUUGGAUGCUGAGAAAAGCUGGGACCUUUUCAUUAGCAAGGCCUUGCCAUCAUAUAACAGGUCCUCGAUACAUAACAUUGGUGAGUUUGAAGAACUAGGGAGACAGAUUGCAAGUAAAUGUAAUGGAUUACCACUUGCACUUUCUGUUUUGGGGGGUUUUCUAUCAAAGAAUUUAACUAUUGAAGCAUGGAAAGAUACACUAUCAGGUUGGACAAUGAUUGAAAAUGGGCGCAUGAUGGGAGAAAUACUGGCCCGAAGUUACAAUGACUUGCCAAAUCAUAUAAAAUGUUGUUUUCUCUAUCUUGCUGUUUUCCCUGAGGAUCACCUCAUACUUGUAUCAGAUCUUAUCAAUUCAUGGAUAGCAGAAAGCUUCGUUCCCGGUUCAAUAAAGCAUAAGGAACAAAUGGCACGGAAGUAUGUAACUGAGUUGGCUCAAAGAAGCUUGGUUCAGGUUACUGAUACAAGUAAAGCGCACGGGUGGAUUGAAAGUAUACGACUUCAUGAUAUUUUACAUGAUUGGUGCGUUGGAGAAGCAAGAGAUGCUGGUUUCUGUGAUGUCAUCGACAAAACUACGGGGCAUGCUGUGCUAUCAUACCGCUCUUCUCUUCAGAACUACUAUGAAGAUAACAUGUUCGAGGCAGCACCUAAUCUCCGAACUCUUAUUGGCUUUGAUCUUCCAUCAUUCUCCCUACCUAAGCUGAGAUACCUAAGGGUUCUUCACGUAGAGAAUUCAACAGUAAUGAAUCUCUCUCGAGCAAUCAGUGGGUGCAUUCACCUUAGGUGCCUUAGGUUAAUAAGGUGUGGCAGGGCCACGCUUCCUUCUGCACUUGGGCAAUUACUUUACUUGCAAACUAUAGAUCUGAGGUAUACAGAUUUGGAAUCAGAAGUGCCAAAAUCCAUAUGGGCUAUCCCUUCUCUAAGGCAUGUUUACCUCGCUCCAGUUUGGAGAAUGGGAUCUUCUCCACCAAGGAAUGGUCCACCGAAAGAGCUCCAGUUCUUACACAUAUAUGCGGGGGGUACUGAUUGUUUCCAGGGUGGCAUGGUGGCAUUUUGGGGUCAAAUGACCCAGUUGACCACUCUUCACUUAGAUGCUUCCAACAUGCCCGCACCAAUGAUUCAUAUUCUGGCAAACAUGACUUAUUUGGUUGAGGCUUCCCUUGGGAUUUUCGAGAGGCUCAAUAAGUUGCCUGAGAGCCAACUCUUCCCACAAGGCCUACGACGGCUUCAUCUUUGGGCUGUGGCCAUUGAAGAAGACCCGAUGCCCAUCCUGGAGAAGCUUCCCUGCCUUGUGGUGCUCUCAUUAAUGGGGUAUUCAGGAAGCAUCAUGGUCUGCUCUGUGCAAGGGUUCCCUCGGCUGCAAGAAUUGAAACUUGAAUCUUUUGAUUGUGAUCAGUGGAGAAUAGAGAUUGGGGCAAUGCGAAGUCUCUCACGACUGCAACUUGCUUGGUGGCCGAAUAUGACCAAGCUCCCGGAGGGACUUCUGUAUUUGCCGUCCCUCAAGGAGCUUUCUCUGGCAAAUAUGCCCAAGAUUUCUGAAGAUGAUGUUACUUGGAAAAAUCUUCAUGGGAAAGGCUGUAAGGUCAGUCGCAAUUUUCCCCCCUCCCAUUUCGACCUUAAUUUUCUACUAUAUUUCGAGGAGUAGCAAACAAGGGUUCGUUUAUAGAUGUAAACUGUUAAUUAAUCGUCAUGGAGGAAUGUGGUCGAUAGAUAUUUUUUUUUAGAUAAAGGAAGUAUAACUUCCGUCCUCUACACCAACCAACAGGGAUGUAUUCAGCCAUUAAACUCCACAAAUAUCUAAAUAUGUGCACAUCAGGAUUUGAACCCUGUUGGAGGAAUGUGCUCGAUAGAUAUUGUGUACCUAAUCUACGCCUCCCUCCUCUCUAGUACCUUGUUUAAGUGUUUGGAAUAAUCGUUGCAGAGUCAGCUGAUAGGGUAUGCUAUUGCCUCUUAACAUAAUCAUUGUGUUCCGAAUAUAUACUAGACAACUACUCUAUGUAAUUAAUAGACGAGUAAUUUAACUCGCAACA